UUUGUCUCUGAAACAGAGACCAUGCCACUGAGAAUAGCUGCGACUCAAGCUUGGGCUGUUGCCUUGGAGCUCUACACCACAAACACCAUGCCUGGCUGGAGGAACAAACUGUGUCUCUUUGUCAUUUGCUUCUUCUUGGGUCUGAUUUUUGGAGGCCUUCUCUUUUUGGGAUUGCAUCUGUCAGCAGGAUACACUUCUCUUGUGUCCUUAUACAUUACAUCUGCCAUGACAGUAAUAGUGACUGCCAUUUUGUUUUUUUUUAAACGAGUAAGGUGCUUCAGUAUGCUUUUCCUUGUUUCCUGUGGAAUGCAGCAAGGUAGGAAUAUCCUCAUCACAGCCGGGACAGGCGUAGUGAUAUUAUCGAAUGUCAGAAACACCUUCAACAACCUUCAAGGCCUGGCCAAGAGUAUGAUAUGCAACCUGGAAGCAAAGAAAUUAUCAAUCAAUACUACUCCUAUUGACAAAUAUAUUGGAGUGAUUAAAUGGAUUUACGAUCAAACAAAAGUGUUUAGUAAUCUGUUGGACAUUGUUACGUUUACACCUGAGUUUCAUAUCGAUCAUACAAUUUCUACACACGACUUGAAAGAAAAACUUCAAAAAGCUGAGCAACAGUUAAAAGAGGUUUCUGAAAAUGUAUCUGAAAUAAUGGACAGCGUGUCCUCCGUCGCUCAAAAGAUUCUACCAGCGCUGGGGGUUUUGUUAGUUCUGAUCGGCACAGUGUUUUACAUCCGAAAAUACUACUUCAGUAAGACGUUUGAGAACACAUUCAUCACACCGCGAUUCAUCCGGUUUGAUGAGAAACAAAAGGCAGAUGGAAAGCCCCACAUCCUUCCCCUCACCAAGAAGGAGAGAAAAAAGUAUAUCACCAUCCCCUCACCACGCUUAUCAGUCAAGGAAGGGAAGCGCAUGGGGAUGUUUUUCAUUCCUGUUCUAACUCAUAUUUCUGUCUGGGCUUUUUUCAUGGGGGUCGACGCUCUUCUGUAUUGGUUGAUUUUAACAAUAAGUAAACACCUCGAGGGUGUGCCUCCAAUUACGGUUCCUUUGAGGAUGUCAAUAGAUAAGGAAAACCGAUUAUUUGGUAUCAUUCCUGAAACCUCCAGUUAUCAGAGUGAGGAUUUUUCAUACAACGUGACUUUGUUUGAAAAACAAUGUAUCCCAAAACCAACGCUUUUAAUGCAGAAGUCAUCAGUCCCACUUGUUUCAAUAAUUCUCAUUUUAAUGCUGCUUGGGUUGAUGUCUGCCAAAUUAACAGAGUUGAAACUACUGGUGAUAUCAUCAUUUUACCCUGGCAAUGAAGAUGAGCGCAUUGAAUACUUGCGUGCCAAAAUACUCAAGAAAAGAGACAAAAAGUUGAAACCUCUUAAAAGCAGAUUGAUUGUUUUCGUCAAAAAGCUGGAUUUCUGGUUUCCUGUUUUCUCCUUCUUUUGGAAGUAUGAGGUUGACAGCGACACAUUGGAAUUAGACUGAUUUAAUUACACUUUCAGCAUUCAUGAAAGAAAACAAAGCUUGUGAGGGUGUGAUAACUUGAAGAGCAUUCCUGCAAUAAGACAGCUCCUUAGCGACAUAUUCAUAUUAUUAUUACAUGAAAGCGUGACACAGAAUAAUAUUUUACAAAUGCAAUCUGCCUCUCAUAAGCCACCUGAUAUAUUAUUUUUAAUAGUUUAGUUUUUUGAGUAAUACAUUUUCUAUUUUUAUGUCAUAGUACAGUAUGCAGAAGCAUGCAUGUCAAGAAUACGAUAUAAUACAAUAUUUUUUAUGCAAUAUUAAUGCUUCAUUAUUUCUAUAUGUAUGGCUUCUGCAACUAUUUGUACAAAGGUGUAAAUUAAUUUUUAAGCAGUUACUUUUGAAAAUGCAAACAACAUGCAGGGGAGUUGCUGGUCAUAGACCUAUAUUAACUGCAGAAUCUGUUAGAUAUAUAUUAACUGCAGAGUCUGUAAAAUUAGGAUUGUCCUGCAUUAAUAAAAUAUUUAAGUAUUUUAUUCAAAAAUGUAUGCUUUUAAAAUGUAUAUUUAACCUUACUAUUCUAUUUACUGAGUGCUUAAAUGUAUAGGGGCAAUCAUCUUAUAUAUGUGUGGCUUUAUAUGUGUGUAUAGUCACAUAAAUACCACACUGAAGUUGCUACUCAUUUAUAUAUUUUAUAAAUGUAUAAGUAUUUUAUGCAGAACUAGUUUUUGCUGCUAUGGGAUGCAAAUGUUUUUCUCAAUAUCCCAUGAGUAAUGCAGUUUUCUCGGAAUUCCAUACGAGAUCUUUCAUAUGUGAUGCGGCUUCAGUGCAGACGUUCGUGUAAUUGUGUACAUUUCACUAUUUAAGUUAGUGUUAGAUCCUAAAAUGUAUUAGCAAAAAAAAAGUUUUAGCAAUUAAAAAUAUCCAGUAAGCUACACAUGUUAAUGCUGAUUGUGCUGUUCCCUCAGUAAUUUGUUCACAGUGUGUUAAUGCAUUUAUCCUGGCUGAGAGACGAGAGCACAGUGUCUGUGUUGUUGUUAUGAUAUGCUAAAUAAAGUUGCUGAAAGUUAUCAGUCUUCAUCCAGUUGUUUGAUUUCUUGUCAUUCAAACUGGAGACUAGUUGUUGUUGAGGUUACUGUAUUGCCACUGACAGCAAACAGUAGUCUCGAUUUUUUUUUUUUAAACUUUAUUUGAACAGAUAGAUUGAAUAUAUAGGACACUGAGAAAUAGUGUACAUUGAUAGACAACAAUCAUAGGGCGUGGACUGGAAUGGACAUUUUAAUCAAGCAAAAAGAAAGGUAAAAUGAAUACACUAUCUGCAUAUUUUCCUGCAGAUAUUGAUUUGGAACAGAGAACAUAGUUUGAGCGAUAACAUUCAAGGUCUUUUACCAGAGAUUAAGGACCGCGUGCAU